AUGUUCGUCUUCAACAAGCCGUGGAAGAAGCAAGCAAUGCUCAUCAACGCUGUGUCGCUGCUCUCCGUCGUGUUUCUUCUGCUGCUGAUUGAACAAGUCAACACUGAGGGAAUCAACAUCAAGCUCGACAUGGAGGGGGAUGAUGUUUCCAAGGCUUCGGAGGGAGGAAAGGAUGCUUUGCUGACUACUGACCCUCCGACAGCUGAGGAAGCAACCACAACAACUACAACCACCAAAGCCGCAACCAGCGCAACUCCGCAGGAAGAACCGCCGGAAGGAUUUUUGGUCAACGCAGCGCAUGGACUCCAAAAUCUGGCUGGAGGCAGCUACCGCACUAAGAAACUCACUCCGGAAGAAGAAGCAGCUGCUGAACUUGGUUUUGUGUUGGUCCUUAUCGGAUUUUGUUGCUGCUGUGCUUGUUGUAUUGGCUUCGUCGUUCUGCUCGUCAAGGUGUUAUCAAAGUAA